AGGUUUCUUGGGAUUUGUAGUUCACAGCAGGAAGUAGCUGCGGUCUAACGAGCUUGUUUUGGGGCGUUUACUUAAUAUUAGUUUACAUUUCUAAUGAAAGAUGAUGGAUUUGAUGACUGAGUAGGGAUAUGCCUUGAUGUAUUUCAUACCUGAGGGCAGCCUGACAAACGCGUCCCGUCCGUACGUCGGCAGCAUGCAGCCGGUGUUUAGGAGAGAUGCUGGAGUUUGGACUCAAACCAAAAGUCUUCUCUAUAAGAACCUGCUGAUCAAAUGGAGGACCAAGCAGCAGAGCCUUCAGGAGCUGCUCCUCCCCCUGAUGCUCCUCGGUCUCCUCAUUCUCAUCAGCACAAUGAACCCUCAUGUUUAUUAUGAAGGCAUCAGCACCAAGGAGCUGGAGGAUGACAACUUCUUCCAGAACAUCAGAGGCCUGGGCUACACGCCCAUCACCAACAUCACCACCGACAUCAUGGAGGAAGUGGCGGCUCGUUUACUGAAUGUGCAGUAUCACCUGGAGUCGUUCACCAGCGAGGAGGAUCUGGAGAACGCCAGCCUGUACGAGCCGUCCAACUACAUCGGCGUGGUGUUCCUGGACAGCGCCGCCACAUCCUACAGGCUGCGCUUCCCACACCAAAAGCUGCCGCUGCCCAGCGAUUAUACAGAGUCCAUCGCCAGCUGUUACAGCGUCCUGGAGAGAUGCAGAGCUGCAAACUAUUGGUUCUCUGGUUUCACCCGCCUCCAAACUAUGAUUGAUGCCGCCAUCAUUCAGGUGAGACGAGCUGCACGCCGCCGUAAUCAGAGAGCAACGGCUCUGUUCAUAGCGAGUCCUCGACACGACACCAGUGAAGCUUUAACUGAAGAUCAGAUGGACUGGUUUCCAUCUAAAGGUGAGUUCGGGAUUAAGAGGUCCGUGCUCUACUUCCUGAAGCCGCGUUAUUGGUCCAAACACAGGAAGCGCUACGUUGAAGUGAGCUCCGUGUUCGAUGCUGAGGCCAACGGCGCUCCAGUUGGAGAUGAGAACGUGGAGCCCGUCUCCCCGGAGUUCAGAGGGAAAGAAGCCAUCCGGAUCAGCAACAUCCGGAAGGUUUACAAAGACAAGGAGAAAAGCAUGGAGGCUCUGAGAGGCCUGACCUUCGAUAUCUAUGAGGGUCAGAUCACAGCUCUGCUGGGACACAGCGGCGCAGGAAAGUCCACUCUGAUGAACAUCCUGUGCGGUAUCUGCCCCCCCACCAGCGGCUCGGCGGCCAUAUACGGCUCCCCCGUGGCGGACAUUGCAGAGGGCUCAGAGAUGAAGCAGCUGGUGGGAAUCUGCCCUCAGUUCAACAUCAUCUUUGAUGUGCUGACGGUGGAGGAGCACCUCAAGAUAUUUGCUGCCAUCAAAGGGAUCCCGCCUGCUGACGUCCCCGCUGAGGUCACCAGAGUCCUGAAGGACUUGGACUUGGAGAAAAUCAUGACGGCUCAGGCGAAGAGUCUGAGCGGAGGCCAGAAGAGGAAGCUGUCAGUGGGGAUCGCCAUCCUGGGAGAUCCUAAGAUUUUGCUCCUGGAUGAACCCACUGCAGGGAUGGACCCCUGCUCCAGACACCAGGUGUGGUCGCUGCUGAAGAGCCGGCAGGCCGGCAGAGUCAUUGUGCUCACCACGCACUACAUGGACGAGGCCGACAUCCUGGCUGAUCGUAAAGCUGUGAUCUCUCAGGGGCAGCUGAAGUGCGUCGGCUCGUCUCUGUACCUGAAGAUCAAGUGUGGCGUUGGAUAUCACCUCAGGAUGUCCAUCGCUGAGGGCUGCGAUGCAGAGAAGGUGGCGUCGCUGGUGAAGCAGCACGUUCCCAAAGCGACGCUCUGCAGGCAGCAUGACGCUGAGCUCACCUUCACGCUGCCCUUCGAGGGCAUGAACACCUUUCCAGGCCUGUUCUCAGAGCUGGACUCUCAGCCGCAGCUGGGGAUUAAGAACUACGGCGUUUCCAUGACAACGCUGGAAGAUGUUUUCCUGCGCCUGGAGUCGGAGGCUGAGGUGGAUCAGGCCGACUACAGCGUGUUCCACCGGGAGCCGGCGGAGGACGACGGCGACGCGUUGUCUGUGGACGACACCGACCAGCGGCUGCUCACCUUCUCACACAGCAAGUCGGACAUGGUGUCGGGUCACGCUCUGUGGAGGCAGCAGUUCAGCGCCGUGGCCUGGCUGCACAUGCUCAACGUACGGCGGGAGUGGAAGGCCUGCCUUUACACCCUGGUUCUCUUCCUGCUCUUCUUGUCUGCGGUUCUGGUCGUGUCGCUGGUGAGCGGAAACAUCCAGAUCCACUCACAGGAGCGGGAGUUUCAGCCCAUCUACCUGCUGAAGAAGAACGAGGCGCCUCGCAGAUACGUCACCAGCCUCCUGGUCAAGAACUCGACCGACUCUGAUAUUUCUGACUUCAUCCACAACCUGGAAUCCCAGGAUAUCAAGGUGGAGUUGAUGAAGCAGACCGACUACAUGGCUGCGGCGCCGCACAGUGCCGCCGUGGAGGUCUCCGGGUCCAGUAAGGGUUUCAGCUACAGCAUCGCUUUCAACAGCACCACCGUUCACUCGCUGCCCAUGGCCGCCAACGUCCUGAGCAACGCGCUCCUCAGAGGCCUGAACGGAACCGGCCAGAUCCGGACCUGGACCAAACCCUUUGAUUAUCAAAUCCCGGACAUCACGUCCUACGCUCUGGUCUACAUAGAGGCCAUCAUGCUGGGGAUGCUGGCGGCCGGAAUGCCGGCGUAUUUCGCAAUGGAUCACACCCGGGAUCGUGAGAUAAAGUGCCGCUCAACGCUGCGGAUCUCCGGCCUGCUGCCCUCGGCCUACUGGUGCGGCCAGGCGGCCGUGGACGUCCCCUUCUACUACCUCAUCCUGUCCUCCAUGAACCUCAUCCUCUUCUCCUUCCACUCUGCAAACCUGCCCACAACCAGCAACCUCACAGCCGUGGUCCUCUGCACCAUUGGCUUCGGCCCGGCCAUGAUCCUCUUCACCUACGUGGUUUCCUUCGUGUUCGCACGAGUUCAGAGCAACAGAGACUUCUUCUCGUUCAUCUCCAUGAUGGUGUGCGUGGUGUCGGCCUCCAUCGUCCAGCUGUUCUUUCUGGUGGAACUCCCUGAAAUGGCCAGAUCGCUGCACAACGUCCUGUGCCUGUUGAUCCCCCUCUACCCUCUGAUGGGCUGCCUCAGCUGCAUCACCAAGGCAACGUUCCUUCCCAUUCUGUAUGAGGAGAACUUCCUGUGGAAAAGUCUGCUGAUUUCCGUUGUGGCUCCCUACCUGCAGUGCAUCGUCCUGCUGUUCCUGCUGCGCUGGCUGGAGGUGCGGUACGGAGGGCGGGCGAUGAAGAGCGACCAGCUGUGCAGGAUCUCAUCGCGGCCGAAGCCCAAACCGGAGCGCGGCUCAGAGGAAGGGCUCAACGAGGAUGAGGACGUUCGCAUGGAGAAGGCCAGAGUGAAGGAGGCGCUAACCUGUCAGGCCUGCGAGGAGAAACCGAUGGUGGUCGUUAGUAACCUGAGAAAGGAGUUCCAGUGCCAGAAAGAAGGCUUCUCUCUCACCAAGAAGACUAAAGUGGCCACUAAGAACGUCUCCUUCUGUGUUGGCAAAGGGGAAGUUCUGGGACUGCUGGGCCCCAACGGAGCAGGGAAGACCACGGUCAUGCACAUGCUGUCAGGCGACACGGACCCCACGGCCGGCCGGAUCCUGAUGGGAGACUACAGCACCGACUUCAGUCCGCUGGACGAUCCUCUGGACCAUGUUGGCUACUGUCCCCAGGUCAACCCUCUGUGGCCCCGGAUCACCCUGCAGGAACACCUGGAGAUCUACGCCGCCAUUAAAGGGCUGAAGGGCCACGAGGUCCCGGGCAUCAUCAAACGAGUGUCUAAUGCGUUGGAGCUGAAGGAGCAUCUAGAUAAACCGGCAAAGAGUCUCUCUGCAGGACUGAAACGGAAGCUGUGCUUCGCUCUGAGCAUGAUCGGAAACCCGCAGAUUGUCCUGCUGGACGAGCCGUCGUCAGGAAUGGAUCCCAAGUCCAAGCAGCGGAUGUGGAGGGCCAUGCGUGCUGCAUUCAGGAACCACCAGCGAGGAGCUAUCCUCACCACACACUACAUGGAGGAGGCUGAGGCCGUGUGCGACCGCGUUGCCAUCAUGGUCUCCGGCCAGCUCAGAUGCAUCGGCACCAUCCAGCAUCUAAAGGCCAAAUUCGGCCAGGGCUACAGUCUGGAGGUGAAGCUGAGGGAGGAGCUGACGGGACUCCAGCAGGAGGCGCUGCUGCACCAGGAGAUCCUCCGAAUCUUUCCGCACGCCGCCCGACAGGACAGAGUGUCUAAUGCGUUGGAGCUGAAGGAGCAUCUAGAUAAACCGGCAAAGAGUCUCUCUGCAGGACUGAAACGGAAGCUGUGCUUCGCUCUGAGCAUGAUCGGAAACCCGCAGAUUGUCCUGCUGGACGAGCCGUCGUCAGGAAUGGAUCCCAAGUCCAAGCAGCGGAUGUGGAGGGCCAUGCGUGCUGCAUUCAGGAACCACCAGCGAGGAGCUAUCCUCACCACACACUACAUGGAGGAGGCUGAGGCCGUGUGCGACCGCGUUGCCAUCAUGGUCUCCGGCCAGCUCAGAUGCAUCGGCACCAUCCAGCAUCUAAAGGCCAAAUUCGGCCAGGGCUACAGUCUGGAGGUGAAGCUGAGGGAGGAGCUGACGGGACUCCAGCAGGAGGCGCUGCUGCACCAGGAGAUCCUCCGAAUCUUUCCGCACGCCGCCCGACAGGACAGUGAUCUGGCGGGUAUUUUGAUGUUUGUCCACCGAUAUCUGGAGGGUAGAAAACGCUCCUCACGGUGCAGCAUCUUUGUCUCUCAGGUGUUCCUGGAGUUUGCUAAGGAGCAGGAGAGCGAGGAGGAUGUGGGGGGACCCCUCAGCACCACCUUCCAGUGGCAGCGGCUGCAGCAGGACGGCUCCACCAGCCAGGCAGACAGCACGGUGCAGCAGCUCUGAUCCAUCCACGGCUUUCAUCCCGUCCUCCCUGGAGCACGCCGCGCAGGGCGCUCCUCGGCCCGCCGAAGCCACGGCCCGUCCGCUUCCUCCUGCUGCCUCCAUUCCUCACAGGGAUCCGUUUCUGGGGGCGGGUUUCCUUUCGGGGUUCAGUCGGGUUUUUACGUGUUUUUAUGGCAUGAAUUUAUGGGAAAAUUAAAACCGAGAUCCGUCGAAACCAAAGCAGCACGUCUCUGUUAGAGCUGCUGUUCACUGUGUCAUCCAGAGGGGGCGCUGCUGCGCCGCCAGACUCUGCAGCACAGCGCCCUCUGCUGUCUGCUCUGCCUGAGACGGUUGUGUCCAUCCCUCCACGGCGGAGGAGGUGCUGACGCCUCCUCCAGCAGGUGUUCUGCUCCUCUGUGGAUGAUGCUGUAAGCUCUGUUUAUCGAUGGAAGCAUCGUUGGUGCAAUACCUUCAACAAAUUGUAAUUUUUUAUGACAUUCAGGGGGAGAGCCGCAGGCUGAAGGGAGAAAAACUUUUUGUUUUCUGAUCGUCUUCAGUGGAUAGUUUUUUCUUUGGGUGGGGGGGGGUGAUGGAGGGGGGGUUUCAGCCGUUUCCUCAGAGAGUCAAACACUGAUGCUGCCUUCACUUUAACGCGUUUUCUGGGAUGCUCUGUUUACAUGAGGAUUCAGGAUGCAGCCGACCUCAGAGCAGCGCUGCAGGAACGUCUCCUGACCCGAUCCUCUCUGCGCUUUAGCUGCUUUUAUAUUUGCACUGAUUCUGGGAGAUUUCAGUUUUCAGCUUCAUUUUAUGCAAACUUGGUGAAAUGUGUUUGGGAAGAGCUCCUCGUUUGUUUGUGUCGUGUUUGUUCUCGUGUCGUAUCGGUGUUAAAAAGACAAACCUCAGUGAUAAACUAACCUUCUAAUGUUGAAUCAAUAAAAGAACCUGCUGGUGGACACUUUCAAUGACUUCACACAGAUUAUU